AAAAAAGGGGGCUGGGGUGGUGUGUCGAGGGGGUGUACUGAACUGGGCGGGCACUGUUGCACGUGUUCUGAAUGGGAAGGACGGAGCACGCGUCUCACUUCUCAUGACCAAUCGAUCCCUGCAUGGCCGGGUGGAGCGAAGGGAGCGCGCAACUAUCGCCACUGCGCCACUGUACCGCCAUCACUCUUCUGGGCGGCUCUGCCAGGCUGUCACAAAGCGACUCAAACUUCUGCGGAGAGUUGGUCUGAAACUAAAGCGCACACCAGCUUGGUGUUUUUUUUGUUUUUUUUUAAUUGCUACUAAACGUACUUAUUUGACUGACUUUAUCCUCAAUGUGAGGUUGGGAUGGGACUUUGUGAGUUGAGCACAUUCGGAGCACGUUGCUGUUCCAUGAAGUCGCGGUUGUCUGAACCGGCUUCAGCUGCCCGUUCCUGUGCGCGGACUCUUCGAGCUUCUUUCUUCCCCUCUGAGUCGGUGCGUUUGGGUUUUCCAGGAACUGGAUCGGAGACAGCAAAAAAAGGAUUGUGAGGAAAAACAUUGGAGUUUGAAGCAAAAGUUAAGUCUCUCCUGGAUAAUCCUCACUUUACUGCAGUCAUGAUAUCCACGAUAUAAAUUCGGGGUCUUCUUCUGGUUGAGGAGAGGAGGAGCGAGUGGAAGAAGAGGAGAGCCAACGUGUGAAUGGAUGCAACGAUGGCUUGGCGUUCUUAGAGAGGCUACUUGCUGGAAGAGACCAAUUAAAAAGGCAAACAGGAUGAAACUGUGGAGGAGGUCAGCUUGGCCUUUGGUGGUGGCCUACCUCGUUGCCUUGGCGAUGCUCUGCGUCACCCCCGUGGCCGCUGGCAACCGCAACCACCGGGGAUCGACAGUCUCCUACCAGGUGAAGCAGGGGACAUGCGAGGUUGUGGCCAUCCAUCGCUGCUGCAAUAAGAAUAAGAUCGAGGAGCGCUCCCAAACCGUCAAGUGUUCCUGUUUCCCCGGGCAAGUCGCUGGCACCACCAGAGCAAGACCCUCAUGUGUGGAAGCCUCCAUUGUAGCCCAGAAAUGGUGGUGCCAGAUGCAGCCAUGCAUGGAUGGAGAAGAAUGUAAGGUCUUACCUGACUUGACCGGCUGGUCCUGCAGCACUGGCAAUAAAGUCAAAACCACAAAGGUCACACGAUAACAAGAGAGCCACUGGAGCAAGAGGCAACGUACAAUUAACUCUCCAUCUGGAAAGAGUGGAAGACAUGAACUUACUAGAACAUGUUGAAAAUAUGAUGUCAGCAUCUCCAUUAUGAAACAAGACAGUAAACGUAACCACGAUAAUGCCGUACCCGGCGGUGGCCAUGAGGACAACCGCGCUUGCCGAGGGUGCACGAGGACAAAAAGCGACUCUAAUUUCCAACCUAUGGAUGAUCGAAAUCCAAUCUGAAGACCGAGUAAGCAUUUCAAAGUGUGUCUUUCAACAAAGCAUUUGUGGAGACGUGAGCCCAGCCACUGGACAUGAUGCGGGCGGGCUUUUUGUCAACUUGUAGAGCUCAUAUAGUGCAGCAAAGGGAUAGCGGCUCAUAACUAGCAAAUUAGAAUGGAAUUGCUCUUGUGGGUCAAGUCGCCGCCGCCACAAAGACUGUUUUGUGUGAGCCAAUUUGCAGUUCUAAUUAGGAAUUGCUGUGUAGGAACAUAACAACAUAUUAAAAAUUCAUGUGUGGUAUUUGCACUAGUUGAAACCUUUGGGUAAUGUUUGGUUAUUCCCAAUAUCGCUCGAUGGAGGUCUUGCAGAACUUGAACAUUUUCUCCAACAUUUAAAGUAGGGUGCCUCUUUACGUAUGAGUGGUUGAAAAUUGCUACCAUUCGAACUAGCAAAUCUCGAUCAUCCCGUAUUUCUGGUCGUUAUCAAAACGUGUUCUGUGACAUCUCCACUUUCUUUUAAAAGAAGACAUCAAAGGUUCAAGCGUUUGCUUGUGUUGUCUUUUAUCGGAACCAUUGUUGUUUUCCUCAUGGACAAGAUUAUUUGCAAAGUGACGUCCUGAAUGAGGGUCAUUUGUAGCCACCUUUACGAGAAAUCGGAUGUGUUUUUGCGCAAGCGCCGAUUUCCCCCCAGAAAGCUUUUCUGCAUCAAUAUUUCUGUGCGAUAUGGUGAAAAUUGCUCCGGAUAAGUGCGGUUCAACUCUUGGCAGGCUUUACCCUGCAGGGUCUGUCACCAUUGUUGCAAUGAGGACAACGGUGCACACCCGAAAAAAAAUCCUCUCACUAUUAAUUCUCUCCCAUCUCUUGUGCUUAUUAGAAUCCCUCGCUGGUCUCCCCUUUUUCCACCUCCACAAUCCUUACCACCACUGAGUUAAUUUUGCUUUUUCAAGAAUUGCCCACCUCGAUUGUAUUUCUCGCUUCACCACACACCCAAUUGCGAGUCCUUUCCCUAAAUGUGUCUAUCUGCCCGUCUGAUAUGUGGAACGUGUCGGGUCAUUGUGUCUCCGGGUCGGCCCGCAGGGGACCGCUCCUCUCCGAAUGAGACUCUCCGCUUUCAGUCAUGCUGCUUUAUUGAGCUAUGAUAAAUCUAUGUAGGAGUCGAGUUUGUGCCUUCCCGCUCCUCUGCUCAGCUCUGUUGCCAGAGGAGCUCGGAGGGAAGCUGGCCUACUAGUGGCAGGCAGCGCCGCACUCGUCAUACUGAGGGACCGGCAUAGCGCCUGGUUUCUCUCGGGGACCGCUGACAUGGAAUAUUUUUAGGCCUGCGUUGCAGCACUGCAGCUUUGCCACGGGUGGCCUUGGUUCUCAGCGGAUUCUCAGCAACAUUGGGAAAAGGGAGGAUUUUCCGGAGUCUGUUUUAUACACUCAAGUGACUUCAGGCCAGAGUUCGGUUCACCCACACGGAAAGACCACUUUCGAAGAAUGACAUGCACUCUUCAAAAAAAGCACCAAUUAAUUUUUACUUCGAGUUAUAUCCUUGGAUGGGCUUCAAUAGAAGGUUCUGUAAAUUCUUGUUUGUAAAAUGCGGUGAAGCCUUCCUCGAAAAAAAUAAAUGAAUUAAACAUGACUGAACUGACAAUUUCAAUGCAACAACCCUAAACAUUUUAAAUCGCCAAAAUACAUUAAGAUUUGAUCAUGUGAAAAUGAUCCUUCAUUAUUUUCAGUUUACAGAACUAAUUGCUCCUUUUAAUAUCCCCCAACUUAAUAAGUAUAAACAACUCAGCAAAUUGUUUCCAAGCAAACAACUGUCUUGCUUAUUUUAUUUUAAGUGCAAGUAAGCCCUGUAGCUCAACAACAACAGAUAAAAAGAUAAACGAUUAAGAAACUAUACGAGGACUGUUUCCUCACCAUAUUUAUCUCCUCUCUCGUCUUCUCUCACUUUCCUUCUCUUGUUACCACUCCCCAGAGGUUUGAUGCUCAGCGGAUGAGCCUGGCGCCUCGUUCCCAUCGCCCUACACGCUCUCUGCAGCAAAAUCAAUAUUUGAGAACAAUUUGCACCGCUCCCGGUUGGCUAGUGAAUAGCGAUGCGACCUCGGCUUCAGGUCUUAAAGACGCAGAUCGUGUCAGAGAACGAUUUUAGCAAUCGACCCGAAGGUCAAGAAAAUAUUCACCAUACAUACCUUUAGAAAAUCUGUGCAGGCACUGCGGCAGAAGACAUACAGAUUCCUUCCUUCUUUUUUGCUAUUUUUGUGAGAAAGAAGAACUUGCAUCUUAUACACGGAACCACUUUUAAAAGGCUUAAACUCAUUUUGGGAUCAACUGUGUAAAAUUGUAGUAAAAGUGUAAUAGCUGUUUGAAAUGUGGUUGCCGACAUUGUGAAAAAGAUGUUAUUUACUCAAAACAAACAGACUGGUGGCUUUUAUCUUCAUGCUUUGGCAUAUGGUGUGAUUCAGACGCCUGAACCUGCAGAAGCAAACACACAGCAUGGUCAGAACGACUGCAGAGUAAACAUGCUAAUGAGAUUGGAUACGUAAAAAAAAACAAAGGGACAAUAAUGUAAACAAAAUCAAAGCCGCACAGAGGUUGCGCUUGAAAGAAAGGGCAAGGGAGGAUUAUUUCAAGUAAGUCUUUAUUUAUGAGCUAAGCCUCCUAAGAGAGCACUUGCAUUGUCACACUUAACGCCUGCAGCAGCUUAUUACCACGUUUGUCCAAUUUGUAUCAAGACCAUGCUUCUCCUUCAUGAUGAAAAUGGUCAUCUUGCAACCACUCAAUGACAUUAAUUGACUGUAAUCCCAUUAUAUGAAGGGCAAUCUUGGAGAACAGAUAAAUAAAAUUAUGAACAACA